AUGAAAUUUGUAUUAGGAUCACCACUUUUUUUAUUAUUUACUGUAUUUUCCUAUGCUUUUUGUUUGCAAGAAGCAAUGAUUGGAGUAAUUAAUGAUAAAGAUGUAGGUUCUUCAGGAGGACAAUACUAUGUUAAAGAAAUUUGUUAUAAUGACAUACCAAAUUAUGAAAUUGAAUUAUACUCAUACACCAUACAACAGACGUGUUAUGUCCAUAAGGAUUAUAUGUAUUUUCAGAAAGAUGGGUUAAAUAUUUCUAGAUGUGGUCAGUGUUUAGAAAUUAAAGGCCCAGUUGGAGAUCCAUUGUAUUGUGUUGUCGCAGGAUAUUUUUACACCAACCAUACAACUAAUCCUGAUUGGCUUAAUAAAACAAUUGGGGUAACACAAAAAGGGUAUAACACUAUUGCAUCUACUUUUAAUGCAGCCAUUACCAUUUCAAUGAUUGAAGUAGUGUUACAGCCUACAGUCUGUCCUUUUAAAGUUUUCCCAAAAAUUUAUGUAAAAAAACAAACUGAUUCAUAUGAAAUCACCUUAUUUAAUUCAAAUGUUAAAGAUGAAAAGUUAAUUAUCGAUAAAGUAGAGUAUCAACAAAAUGAAAAUGGUAGAUACAUUAUUCCGCAAAACAAAAUUACAAGAUCAAACCAUAUACAAAUAGUUUCUGUUGAGGAUGAUGUUGUUUCUAUGACAAAUGCAGAUCUUACACAAGAACGUUAUUUGAGAUUUUCUUCAAGGUUUCUAACAAAUACAAAGAGUGAGUGUAGGUACUGUGCUACUUUAGGUAUUUAUGAUAAAGAAGAAGGUAUUCCUGAUAUGCGAUUUUUCAGAUGGAGAUUAUAUACUAAGAUAAAUGGUUUAAUUAAUAAAUUACAACCUACAAAAAAAGAUGUUACCAUUUCAACAAUAGAAGAUGAAUUAAGUAUGUUCUUUUAUUAUGGGACACUUCAUCAAAUGUCAGUUUCUUAUCAGGAACUUCAAUUUGAAGCAAAUUUACUUUCAGGGACAUUAGACUUAAUUCAUUUUUCAUUAGGAACAAAUACAAAUACAAAAGAGUUUAAGGAAAGUGAUAUUUUUGUUGAUUGUGAUAACUUACAAUUUAAACAAUUAAUUAAAACAGUUGAUGGCUCUAAAAAAGUUUAUAUUAAAGCUAUUUUAGAUAAAUCAUGCACAUCAUUUUCUAAUGUCUUCUCUUUAAAAUUCAAAACAUCUUCAUCAACUAAAUUUAUUUUAGAGGGCAUUCAUUUAAUUAUGAGUGGUGAUGUUGUUGAUAAAAAUUGUGAUUGGGACUCAAUGAAUUGUGCUAACACCCAAUGCACAAUAACCAAUGAAUCAUAUGAUGAUCACACACUAUCUCCAUGGAAAGAAGGUUGUCAACCUUCUUGUGGUAUUUGUUCAACUGGUUAUGUUUGUACUAAAUCAGGUAUGUGUGUUGAAGAACCAAAUAUGAAUUUAAGAAGUAGUGCUGCGUUAUUAAUGACAACUACAAUUGUGUUGAUGAAUAUCUUUUUCAUUUAA